CCAACCGCAGGCAGACGCAGUCCCCAAAAUUCCCAUUCGUUCUUCCAUCUGCUUCUCCGAUCCAAUCGCCUUCCAAUUCGCCCAAAUUCUUGCACCACUGCCUGCCGAUUUCCUCGCCCCAACCCUAAAUAGAUGCAAAAAUCCGUCAAUUCCACCCUCGUCUGCUUGUCAAUUUCACUAUGCAUACCUCUGCUCUUCGGCUCGCUGCUCCUCGCCACCGUCGACUACAAAUCCCACUUCCUCUCCUUCAUUCCGCAGCUCGCCAAUGCAGGGCCCUGCCGCGCCGGAUCGCCGCCCCUCCGUGUCUAUAUGUACGAUUUGCCGCCCCGUUUCAACGCCGGAAUGAUGGACCGGAGGUUUCCCAGUAACACUUCGGUGACUGCCGAGAAUGUACCGGCGUGGAUGUGGAACGAAGGCCUCCGGCGGCAGCACAGUGUGGAGUACUGGAUGAUGGCCUCGCUUUUGAGCGAUGGGGGCGGGUCGGACCGGGAGGCGGUCAGGGUCGCGGAUCCGGAUUCGGCAGAUGUGUUCUUUGUGCCGUUCUUUUCGUCGCUGAGUUAUAACAUUUAUGUCAGGAACAUGGCGGAGCUGAACACUGUAGACGAGAACUUGCAGCGCGAGAUGAUAGAUAUACUUAAAGCAUCAGAUCACUGGAAAAGAUCUGGCGGGCGAGACCAUGUAAUCCCCCUGCAUCAUCCGAAUGCUUUCAGACAUUACCGUGACGAAAUCAAUGCAUCGAUAUUCAUUGUUGCUGACUUUGGCCGGAUAAUGAACAUUUCUAGGCUGGGGAAAGAUGUCGUUGCGCCCUAUGUACACAUGAUAGAAUCGUAUGUUGGUGAAGACCCCGAAGAUCCUUAUGCGUCCCGUAAGACACUUCUCUUCUUCCGUGGAAGGACCAUCCGGAAAGAUGAGGGAAUAAUUCGAGCUCAGCUGCGCAAGGUGCUGAAUGGAACAGAUGACCUCAUAUACGAGGAAGGCCAUGCCUCGGAAGAAGCUUUCAAAGCCUCUUCUGAUCGUAUGCGUUCUUCGAAGUUCUGUCUCCAUCCAGCCGGCGAUACUCCCUCAUCAUGCCGUCUAUUCGACGCGAUCGUCAGCCACUGCAUUCCGGUCAUUGUGAGCGACAGAAUCGAGCUACCAUUCGAAAGCGAAUUGGACUACACAGAGUUCUCCAUCUUCUUCUCAGUUAAAGAGGCCCUGAAUCCUGGGCACCUCGUCAACGAGCUGAGAGGGGUUUCGAGAGAGAAAUGGAUGAAAAUGUGGUCGCACCUCAAAACCGUAUCUCAUCACUUCGAAUUCCAAUAUCCUCCGAAGAAGGAAGAUGCAGUGAACAUGAUAUGGAGACAGGUUAGGAACAAGGUCCCGGCUGUUAAUCUGGCCGUUCAUCGAACCAGGCGGCUGAAGAUACCCGAUUGGUGGAGACGAUAAUCUUCCCAGCCCCCGGCCCCGCCACGUAAGUCUAUAUACGAUGUCUGUGUUUUAUUCUUUGCAACCGGAACUUAAUAAGAUUUGACAGUGAGUGAGUGCAUAAGCGAGCUGAGCUGAGCUUAAUUGACGAGGACGAGGAGGAUAAUCUGUUAUAGAUAGAAGAAGAUACAGAGGUAUAGAGAGAGCAUGUAUAGUUUGUAGAGGUUGUGAUGUAUGGCAUUGUGUAUUAUACAUUGUUUUUGUUUGGUGUAUUUGCGCUUGAUCAUUCUA